AGGCCUUUGCCCGGAAAAUCAGGACUGUCCUGUAAAAUCCUGGACUGUUUGGAGUGAUGCAUAGGCAUGUCUGUUUCAUCCCAUACAAGGGAAUGGAUAUUCAGCCCCCGGAAGCGAUCGAGUUCCCGUUCCCUUAUCAGCCGUACCCGAUCCAAGAACAGUUCAUGACGGAGCUCUAUCGAGCCUUAGAUGCUGGGAAGGUUGGCAUUUUCGAGAGCCCCACAGGCACGGGCAAGUCGCUGAGUUUGAUCUGCGGAGCCCUGACUUGGCUCAGAGACUUUGAAGAAAAGAAGCAGAAAGAGGAAGCCGAAGCCCUGCGCGCAGGAGACGAAGAGCCGAGCGGGGAGUCGGGAUCGGACGUCCCUCCCGCGGGGGCCGCUAAGGAGCCGGACUGGAUCAGCCAGUUUGUGCAGAAGAAGGAACAGAUGGACACGAAGAACAGGAUCAAGGAGGAGCAGAUCAGGAGGAAGAAAAGAGAGGAGCGUUUGGAGCAGAUUCGCCGCAACGUUCAGCUGAAAUUUGCCUCAAAGAGGAAGAGAGAAGAAGAGGAUGAGACAAUGCGCCUUCUGCAGCUCAGUCAGCAGAUGCUGGCCUCUGGAGACUUGGGACCAGAACAGGCUUUGGAUCACGGAGAGGAAGAGCUUCUUCUCGCAGAAUAUGAAAGCGAUGAGGAAACCAAGAAAGGACCAGAGAUGGAAGACGAUGAUGAUCUGGAAGAGGAGCAUGUGACGAAGGUUUAUUACUGCAGCCGUACACAUUCGCAGCUCUCGCAGUUUGUCCACGAGGUCCAGAAGAGCCCUUUCUGCAAGCAGAUCAAACUGGUGUCUCUGGGAUCGAGGCAGAACAUGUGUGUGAACGAUGACGUGCGUCGCCUCGGAACGGUGCAGCUCAUCAACGAUCGCUGCAUGGAGCUGCAAAAGAACAAAAGCGAUAAAAAAAUUGAGGAGCCAGAGGGGAAGAAGAAGAAGAAGAAGGAGAGCCGGCUUGCGUGUCCCUAUUACUCCUAUGAACAAAUGCAGCUGCUUCGAGAUGAGGUCUUGGUUGAGGUGAAGGACAUUGAACAGCUCGUGUCAGUGGCCAGAGAAGCUAAAGCUUGUCCAUAUUAUGCGAGCCGCUACGCCAUACCUGCUGCCCAGCUGGUGGUCUUACCUUAUCAGACGUUACUCCAUGAGUCCACCAGGCAGGCAUCAGGAAUCAAACUGAAGGACCAGGUGGUCAUCAUCGAUGAAGCCCAUAACUUGAUAGACACCAUUACCUGCAUGUACAGCUCCCAGGUAUCCGGAUCGCAGCUCUGCCAGGCUCACUCCCAGCUGGCUCAGUACACGGAGCGAUACAGAAGCCGCCUGAAAGCCAAAAACCUGAUGUAUAUAAAGCAGAUCCUGUACCUGCUGGAGAAGUUUGUGGAGGUGCUUGGAGGUAACGUGAAGCAGAAUCCUAACCUCCAGCCUGUUUCCAAGGAAGGCACCUCUCUAAAAUCCAUCAACGACUUUCUGUUUCAUAGCCAGAUAGACAACAUCAAUCUCUUCAAGGUGCAGAAAUACUGUGCAAAGAGCAUGAUCAGUAGGAAGCUUUUUGGGUUCGUGGAGAAGUUCAGAGGAACGGAGGUCGCCCUUCCCAGCCACGAAAGCCAGAAGCCCAAAGGACUUCAGCAGUUCCUCCAAGAUCUUAGCCAAAGGACUCGAGGAGGGGCAGCCGCUGCAUCUGUCCCCGAGGCUCCUCAGGAGAACGGUGACAAUGGCCAGGUUCGUACCGCGUCUCCGCUCAUGCAGAUCGAGGGGUUCUUGGCCUCGCUGACCAACACCAACCAAGAUGGCAGAGUCAUCGUCCAGCUACAAGGUACCGCGGCGCAGAGCAGUCUGAAGUUCCUGAUGCUUAACCCAGCGGUACACUUUGCCGAGGUCCUCAGGGACUGCCGCGCCGUCAUCAUUGCUGGAGGGACCAUGCAGCCGGUGUCCGAUUUUAAGCAGCAGCUGUUGAUAUCGGCCGGUCUCAGCGAGGACAGGAUCGUGGAGUUCUCCUGUGGGCAUGUGAUUCCUCCUGAAAACAUACUUCCCAUAGUGCUCUGUAACGGGCCGACCAAUCUGCAGCUGGAAUUCACUUAUCAAAAGCGAGAUUUGCCCGAGAUGAUGGACGAGACGGGCCGAGUUCUCACGAACCUGUGUAACGUGGUCCCGGGAGGAAUCGUCUGCUUCUUUCCUUCUUACGAGUACCAGAAGAAGGUGCAGGGUCACUGGGAGAAGACUGGGCUGCUGAAGCGUCUGGCAGCGAAGAAGAAGAUAUACCAGGAGCCGAAGAAGGCAAGCCAAGUGGAUCAGGUUCUGGCCGAGUAUUCCAGAUGCAUCAAGAACUGCGGCCAGUCGGGGGGACCUCUCACCGGGGCUCUGCUGUUCUCCGUCGUCGGAGGAAAAAUGAGCGAAGGGAUUAACUUCUCCGAUGAUUUGGGCCGGUGCGUGGUCAUGGUGGGCAUGCCGUAUCCCAACGUCCGAUCGCCGGAGCUUCAGGAAAAGAUGUCCUACCUGGAUCACACUUUGCCCAAAACAAACGGCGUGUCUGCAGGAAGAGUCCUCGUUGAGAACCUGUGCAUGAAAGCUGUGAAUCAGUCCAUCGGGCGAGCGAUCCGGCACCGUGGAGAUUACGCCAGCAUAGUGCUGCUUGACCACAGAUACUCUCGCCCCGCUAUCCUGGGAAAGUUGCCCCAGUGGAUCCGGAGCAGCACCCAGGUGAAGCCGGCGUUCGGGGCGGCCUUUGCAGCUGUUCGGAAGUUUUUCCAGCAGAAGAAAGUGAAUUCGGUUUCCAGCCCUGAGCGCUGAUCUCCGCGUACAAAGCAUCCAUUUUUUUUUUUUGGGGGGGGGGGGAUGAGUUUAUUAACAUUGUUUUGUAUUAAAACGUAUUUGUAAAGUUUCACCCGCUGGUCGUGGAUACGGCUGAAGACCCAAUAAAAGUAUAUUCUAAAUUAAACUUU